CUUACUGGCUUUUAUGAGGGUGGCUGAAAGCUCACUCUCAGAAACGUACUCAGAAAGCGAUUGAAUUAGACACACCCUGGUAACAAAUGUAAACUGACAAACAUGCUCAAAACCUAUAGGCUAAUUGUUUAAAUUUACAAUACAGUUCUUUAUUGGGAGCUCGUACCAGAUUACACGCUUUAGCCACAAACGGACCAGCCUCCAACGAACGCCGAAGUUCAUCAUGAUCAGAGAGGAGCUUACUGAGGUCCUGUGCCAGUACAGGUCAGACACCUUGAGCCACAUAGCCACUCUGGGGGACUUCUGCGACAGACACUCAAAAUGGAGCCUUCACAGGGAGACAGAGCUGCAGAUGAUGACAGACAUCAAGGAAAGGACUGACAGAAUCAAUCUGACCUUCAAGCACGUCAGAGAGUCUCCGAACAAGUGGAAGGCGCUGGGAGAGUACCUGAAGAGUGGCCUGACCCAGGUGACAGCAGACAAGCGACGGAAGAAUCUGGAGAAGGAGCUGGGGAAGGUGUUGAAGGACACCCUGGCCGGGCUGAAGAAACUGGACCACUUCCUGGAUGCUGUGGAGAGGCUGGCGGUCACUUCUGUGUCUGUGUUCGAUGACGAGUGUCCGUUUGGUGACCAGGAAGUAAGCCCUGCCGAUGUCCGUGAUGUCAUCACCGCAUCACAGAAAAUCUGCCAUCUUGUUGUUCGUUUCAAGAGAAAUGCACCAGCCUUCUUCCUGCCCAGCCUCUUCAACGUGCAGGUGUUGGCUAUCCAGCUGGACUCAUACAUACGCAGCACCCAGCAACUCUGUGACAAGCUGGAGAGCACAUUGAUGACAGUAUCACAGACGGAGAGUGAAUCUAGUCAACUGAGAAAGAAGAAGAAAAAUGUCGACCUUUGGAUGACACGUCCGCAGAAUAUGCUCGUCCAUCUCAAAUACCUCAGUGAUGUCAGGACCAACCGGGACUUCAGACUGGUUUUCCUGUUCCAGGAGGAAGCUGAAAACUUCAUCAAACUCUUCAUCCAGAGCAAGCCCAGAAUGUUGCAGUUUCUGACUGAGCUGGAGGGGAGUGCCGUCCAGCUAGACAACAUGAAGCGUGGGGCCCAGAUCUCCACAGUGGCAGGUAGCUCCGUGGGGGCGGUUGGAGGGGUCCUGUCCAUCGUGGGUUUGGCUCUGGCCCCCGUCACAGCAGGGGUCUCCCUGGCUCUCACCAUGGCUGGUGUGGGCAUGGGGGUCACCAGUGGGGUCUACAGCGUGGGCACCACAGUCACAGAGAUGGGCGUCAACCGCACUCAAAAGAUAAAAGCCAACAAGUUUUUCCAGAGUUUUAUGAAGGAGAUGCAGACCAUCCAGGGGUGCCUGGAAGAUGUGGCCACAAAGAUGCUUCCCGUGGUGAGUAAGGAGGAUGUGACCGUGGGAGCAGGGAAGAUCUUGGGGAAAGGUGGUGCCAUCGGGAAAGGAAUCGACUCCCUGAUUGAUUGUGCCUCGGGUGUGAAACUUCUGAGGAGUGAGAAUGCGAUUGCUGACCUGGGACAGGCCGCUAAAGGGACGCCCCUCGCCCUCUCCAAGGCAGCCCGGGGGGGGUUCAUCGCUCUCAACGCCCUGUUCAUUGGCCUGGACGUGUUCCUCAUCUGCAAGGACAGCGUCGGCCUGGCCAAGGGCAGCAAGAGUGAGGUUUCCCAGCUCAUCCGGGCACGAGCACGGCUCUGGAGCUCUGAACUGGAGUCAUGGCAGAAGAUCCACGACUCUCUGAAGAGAGGUCUGCUCACGUCCCAGGACACCCAGAACCUGCUGGAGAUGCCCUUUUACCCCCUGGAGGAGAUGACCAAAGGGAAGAAGACGUUCCCUCUCCCUCUCUUCCUCCUCUUGCUCCAACUCCUCCUCUUCCUCCUUCUCCCCUUGUUCCCCUUCCAACUCCUCCUCUUCCUCCUCCUCCCAUUGUUCCUCCUCUUACUCCUAUUGUUACCCUUCCAACUCUGCCUCCUCCUCUGGCUCUCCCUCCACCUCCCCUUACUCUGUCUGCAUUGUUUGCUUCCAAUUGUUCAAGACCUUUACUUGACCUUUUACCUAUUUAUAGGCCUAUACUAAAACCAUGAUUGGUUGGUGUUGAGUAAAGCAAUGAGUGAUGUGAGGAGGUAGUGUGAGGCAUUGAUGAAUUAGUGUGCCAUUUUGAUUGGUCGUGUUUGAAAAAGGAAAUCAAUAUACUUCCUGUUAGUUUUUUGUGUGUUACAUAGAGAAUUGUGUGUUGUGUUUUGCAAAAAGUGUUUUAUGUAACUGAAAACUGAGUCAAAGGCCGUGAAUUAGCAUGGUUUUGUAGAUUUGGUGUGUGGUUCUGGUGUUUUUUCAUGACGCAGUCAUUUACCCAUGCUAUGACAGGCCUCUUCUUGAUGAAAGGAUCUCCCUGCACGUGAGGACAAGUGAGGAAAUGUAGACGUAGAAAAAGACAGGCUCACUGAAUAUGUUGUUUGGAAUCGAAAGGGGAUUUCUUGUUUCUGUGAGUCAUUUCUUGGACUGACACUCAGAGUACCUUCAGUCAGGUAAAGGUGCUCUCAGAGUACGUGUGUACUGGAUGACAAGCUUCAUUAUGAUGAAGGAAUAAAGAUGCUGCUGAUGA